UAAAAGUAAGAAAGAUAAAAACAGGGCCCAUUUUUCUUCUCUGGCCAAUUAAACCCACUAUUUUCUCUCUUCAAUGCUGAUCCUUAUUUGGACAACCUUGCAAGCAAACCCAUCAAGCAAGAAUCUUUGUGUCCUCAACUGAUGAAAAUGGAGAAAAGCUGGCUUCUGGCUGUUCUCCUCCUCCUUCACUUGCAUACAAUUUCAACAGUAGCUGCUUUUUCUAUGGGUGGAAGUGUUGGUGUUGGUAUUGGUAUUGGCAAUGUAGGUGGUGGUGAUGGUGGUGGUGGAGGCGGUGGAGGUGGAGGUGGAGGUGGAGGUGUUUGGAUUGGUGGUGGGAUCAACAAUCCAACUCCAACUCCAACUCCAACUGGUUCUGGUUCUUCAGUUCCAAAGCUCAGCAGAGCUUACGCUGCUCUCCAGGCAUGGAAAUCUGCAAUUACAGAUGAUCCAUUUAAGAUUUUAGACACUUGGGUUGGUACUGAUGUGUGUUCUUACAAAGGAGUGUUUUGUUCAGAUUCUCAAGAAGAGAUGAAUGAAACACCUGGCCCAGUUGUUGCAGGUAUAGAUCUCAAUCAUGCAAAUCUUCAAGGCACUCUUGUGAAGGAAGUAUCUUUACUAACUGAUAUGUCACUACUUCACCUCAACAGCAACAGGUUUUCAGGCACACUUCCUGACACUUUCAAAGAUCUUUCUUCACUCCAAGAGUUAGACCUUAGUAACAACCUCUUCUCAGGUCCUUUCCCUAUAGUUACUAUAUACAUUCCAAACCUCAUUUACUUGGACCUCAGAUUCAACAAAUUCUCAGGUCCACUUCCUGAAGAUCUCUUCAAUAAGAAACUUGAUGCAAUCUUUGUCAAUAACAACCAGUUUGAAGGCCAACUUCCCCCAAACUUGGGGAACUCUCCAGCUUCUGUGAUAAAUUUAGCUAAUAACAAGUUUAGGGGAAACAUCCCAACUAGUUUUGGCUUCAUGGGUUCUAAACUCAAGGAAAUAUUGUUUCUGAAUAACCAAUUAACAGGGUGCAUUCCUGAGGGAGUUGGGCUCUUCACAGAUAUGCAAGUCUUGGAUGUGAGCUCCAAUUCAUUGAUGGGUCAUCUGCCAGACACCAUUUCUUGCCUGGAAGAUAUUGAGGUUCUCAAUUUGGCACACAACAAACUGUCUGGGGUUCUGCCAGACCUGGUUUGUUCUCUGAGAAGCCUGUUGAAUCUGACUGUUUCAUACAAUUUCUUUUCUGGGUUCAGCCAAGAAUGCUCUAAGCUGUUCUUCAGGAAUGUGGGCUUUGACUUCUCAGCAAAUUGCAUUCCUGGGAGGAACUUACAGAGACCUCAGCCAGAAUGUUCUGUGAUUCCAGGAGGUGGGUUGAAUUGUCUGAGAAUCCCAGCUGCACAGCCUCUUGUUUGUGGGUCACUGGGUGUAGCUUCAGACACUAAUACAACCUCCUCGCCUCCAUGAGAGAAGAGACAGAACCACUACCGGUACCAUGUAUAACAGGUUGGUCAUGGUUGUAUGAUUAUUUAGUACUAGCAAUUAAAAUUUUGAGCUUCCUAAUUUAUUUCUUCACGAAUUCAGUAUAUCCAUAAAUAAUCAACAUGCCCAGAAAUUCAAGUA